AUGCGCGGCGGUUCCAAGGAGCGCCUGGAGGUGUUCAAGAUGUCGGAGAACCUCUGGUUCGCCGGAACCGCGCAGCUUCCGCCGGCGUCUGAAGGCAGCGAGAAUCGGAGCGAGCGGAAGCUGCAAGAGGUCGCUGCAAGCGCACCCGCCCCCGCAGUGGGUCCGAUGGAGCUGCGAUUGGCGGAGGUGGGGGAAUUCUCGGCGCGCAUGACGGAGCUGAAACAAGUGGUGAAGCGGAAACCUGCGUUCUUCGGGGUGCUGCCAAAGGUGGUGGAGAAGAAAGAUCCAUUCAGCGCAUCAGUGCUAUUCUUACAAACCCACACAUGCCCACCGUCCGCCCACCAUCCCCAUUCCCUCACGCCAGUUCUUCGGGGUGCUGCCAAAGGUGGUGGAGAAGAGGGAUCCGCUCAGCGAGUCAAUACUGGGAGACAGAAUCGGCGACAUGACAUGCACGUACGACCGCCAGGCCAACCGCUUCUACCUCUCCACUUACUGGAUCGUGAGUGGCUGCUGGUGGUGGUGGUGGUGGUUCUGGUGGGCGAUUUAUCCCUCCCUCUUUCAGUUCCUCUAUCCCUCAGCUUCUCUAGCCCUCCCUCUCGUUUUCCUCUCUCAUUCUCUUCCAUCUCACUGUCCUCCUUCUCUUGUCAAUCACUCGCAUCGCCCUCCCUCCCUCCCAUUCCCAUCGCUCCCCACGUGCAGUCCGGGGGUGCCAACAACACGUAUGACAAGUUUGGGCAGACGAGGAGGCGAGCCAAUGUGACAGUGGGAGGAGGGCUGAUAGUGGCAGCGUCAACCACGGACGACCCCACGCAGCCCUGGAAUGUCUUCUUCAUUCCCGCCUCGUACGCUCGCCUCCUUUUUUUCACGCUUUCUCACCCUUUUCCCUCACAUAUUCUCACCUUUUCCCUCACCUUUUCUCACCGCCUUGCGCGCAACGAUGGCAUCAACUCCAAUCCGGAUUGGAGGGCGCCUCUCCACUUCAACACUUCUCGAAAUCCUAUUUUUUGUAUGUUUAAUGAUGGUGUGUAUGAUGGUGUGUAUGAUGGUGUGUAUGAUGGUGUGAAUGAUGGUGUGAAUGAUGGUGUGAAUGAUGGUGUGAAUGAUGGUGUGAAUGAUGGUGUGAAUGAUGGUGUGAAUGAUGGUGUGAAUGAUGGUGUGAAUGAUGGUGUGAAUGAUGGUGUGAAUGAUGGUGUGAAUGAUGGUGUGAAUGAUGGUGUGAAUGAUGGUGUGAAUGAUGGUGUGUAUGAUGGUGUGUAUGAUGGUGUGAGCGAUGGCGACUACCCCCAAAUCGGCACCGAUGCUUAUGGAUUUUAUGUUUCGGCAAUCCAUUUCGAGAAGGCUACAGAUUUAUCCUUUGGGUUCACCCACUCACACCCCCAUCACCUUCUUCCCAAUCCUCUUCUUCCGUUUCUCCCCACUCAUCUCCCUCUUCCUUCGCCUCCCCCUCCUGCACCUUCCCUCCCACCUACCACCUCCCCAACCAGUGCUAUCGCAAAGUCGCAGCUCCAAACACCCGAGAAUGCCACCAUUCUCCGCCUGGCCAUCCCAUGGAAUUCCGUGUUUAAGGCUGAAGGCUCCAUCUACCCUCAGAAGGUCGCAGCCGAUGGGGACUACGACUACAGCCACGGAGGCACCAUGUAUUUCGGCUGGGCCGGCAUGGCCCCCACCCCCGGCGCCCCCAACGAAACCGUGCUUGUCGCUAAUUACACCACCGUGGGAGCCUUUGCUAUAACGGGUACAAGUGCUCUGGGGACACCGGAAGCGGAGAGUCUGGUGGAGCCGCACUGUGCUGCUGUCAACACUCCCCCGUACUUUGUGCCCAUGUCUGUGGAGCAAAAGAAAGGGCCCGUUCCUACAGCUUGGGCCAUGAACAGCACGAUCGCACCCAUCGGCCCUUCAUUGGUCGAUGCGCGAGGCGUGGUGGUGAAUCCGGGGAGCAGGCGCAUGUGGGUCAGCUUUAUGUCGGCGUUCGGAAAGGACAUGAGUGCUGCUGCCGUGGUGGUGAGGCUUCGCUUGUCUUUGAGGCCCAACCGCAAGUGGCGCACGCUCCGGGUGUUUUUGGAGCGGUUCAAAGUGGUGGGGGUGGGCGGAGGGAACAGCCUCAUUCAGGGCACCAUCGCUCUCAACAGGCACGGCAAGGGCAUCAUAGCAGCGUCACUAGCUGGGCGUUCCUUCUACCCCUCAGCUGCCUAUGCCACUCUCAACGCCAAUGUGGAUGUUGGCCGCAUCAACGUUGUCGCCCCGGGGAAGGCACCUCUUGAUGACUACUCCGGUUACCUCGGUGCACCAGAGAUGAGAUACGGCGACUACAUGACAGCGACGGUGGACGAGGAGGGCAACGCGUGGGCGGCAGUGCAGUAUGUGGCGGGGCAGCCGCGCACCGAGUGGAGCAACUGGGCUACCUUCGUCUUCAAAGUCGACCUGCAGGGGGGGGCGGACGGGGGGAACGGGGGGGAUGGGGAGAAUGGGGACAGUGAGGGGAAUGGUGAUCAGGAGGGGAAGUAG